ACACCUGCCAUCAACACAGAUUAUGACCCAUGCUACAACUACAACAUUCUCGACAACUACUGGAGAAACACACUCAAUUACUGGUAUAUGUAUGGAUAUAUAUCUGGAAAUGAUGACACUUUAGUUGAAUGGGAUGGCUGGUAUCGAUUCUACAUUAAUGGAUCGAGUGCUCAGAUGCCUGAGUGGUGUUUCAGUCAUAUGUCAUGUGGAGGUUAUAGUUCUCUGUGGCUCCAUGGCUCUCAUCCUCAGCUAGAAGAUGGAGUUGUUUCUCGUGACAUCUACGCCUCUGUUAAUGGCCAGUGCAGUUCCUACAGAUCAGACCCAAUCCAAGUCAAAGCUUGUUCUGGAAAUUACUAUAUCUACAAACUAACAAAGCCAAAGCCAUCGAUCCCAGUGCCUGUGUACUGUACAGUUUCAUUCAACACUCCAAAUAUUGACCCUUGCUACAAUUACACCAGUCUGGAUGAGCCUUGGAGAGCCACCAACAAUUCCUUCAAUUACAUCAAUUAUAUGUGCGAUUAUAAUGUAAACUGGAAUGGCUGGUACAGGCUGUUCUACAACGGUCAGAGCGUCCAGAUGCCAGAGUCAUGUGUUAAUAGCAGCAUGUGUGGCACUUCUAACCCACUGUGGCUCAGCGGCCCUCACCCACAGCCAGAAGAUGGAGUGGUGACCCGGCAAGUGUGCAGUUCCACUUGGAGUGACUGCUGUGGUUACAGAUCUCAUCCCAUACAAGUCAAAGCCUGUCCAGGAAACUAUUAUGUGUAUGAGUUUGUCAGGCCACUAUUGUGUGCAUCUUACUGUGCAGGUAGAUUUCCUAAUAUGCUUUGGUCAUUGUUUUGGGUUGUGUUUGGAAAUGAUUGA